ACGGGGCAGCUGGCACAGGGCAGCUGUGUAAGGGGGAAAAGGAAGUCUCCACAACCCUUUCCUGGUGGACUGGGGACAAACGCUAUGCAAGGCACUGAGCCUUUGAUUAAAUUCAACCACUGUAAGAGAUCCAUCUACAGCUUCAGAGUGCCGAGGUGCUGCCCCCUCUGCCAGGAGGCCCUGGGCUCAGUGGAGGUGGCUGACGCCCCAGUCAGCAUCCCCAGCCCCUUCAGCAACGGGCACCAGGAGAAGUGCUCUUUCCUCUUCAGGCCGACCCAGGGUACAUUUCUCAGGGAGUAUAAUGGAAGGUCCAAUCUUCAUGUUGGAAUAACUAAUACAAAUGGAGUGGUGUAUAACUACGAUGGGUGUGGUGUGCGUCGGGACAAGGCAGGCUGGGAGCAGAGCCUAACUGUGCCGCUCUUGCAGCCUGGUAUGCUGGGGCUGCAAGACCAGUGGGACAGGUACCUGGAGGACUUCUCAGCCCAUGAGGCCUGGCUUCCACACAGGUAUGAGGAAGAUCACCACAACUGCUACAGCUACUCCUUGAUGUUCAUUAACUGCAUCCUGGCCACCGAGGGCAAGGGGCAACUGGACAAGACCGAGUUCACAGAGAAAUAUGUGGUCCCAAGGGCGAAGCUGGCCUCCAAGUACAUCACACUGUAUCGGGCUGUUGAACAGCAUGGCUUCUACGUGAUUGACCAUGCUAGCCCUGAAGCUCAUCCUCCUUAGGGGAGCCAUUGUGCUGAGUGUAGGGUGUGCAGGAAGUGGCAGGGCAUUCCAGGUCCUGCUGUGAACCCGCACUUUGAACCCGCCCUUGUGGAUUCCUAAAUGCAUCUAACUGUGUGUGGUUAAUGAAAAAGUGUAUGGGCUUCUUGAAGCGCAUUUCAGCUUAUAAUGGCCUAACAAUUCAUGAAAUAAAAAUUUCCUGGGGUUUUAAAAAUUAUAUUCAUUACAACCAAAUUUUUUUCACAGAGGUUGAGUUUGGAAGCUGAGGAUCUGGUAGAACAAAGUGGAGCCAAGAAAGAAAGGUGUUCUUAGAAAAGAAUUCUACCUGGGUGCAUUCGCCUUUCACUGUGACUCCAGCUGAGGGGAGCACAUCAUGUUCACCUGCAGCCUUUUCACUUAAGUACACUUGGCCACCUUUUAAAUAUUUGAUGGUUGUCAUUAGUACUGAUUUGCAAUACAAAGUGAUUACAUAUAUCAAAGGGAGCUGAUAAAUGUAUAUGACACACCUUCAUUUUUACGUUGUGUCCCCCUCCCCUGGUCUAUCUCCUUGUUCCCUUUUCAUUUGCAAAAGUUCUAGCUUCCCAUCUCCAAUUACUUAUAUUUCUCCUUACGUAUACUUUGAAUUUCUCAUAUAAGAG